AUAUAUAUAUAUCUCUGAUCUGACCUAAUCGGCUCCCUCACUCUCUCAUCUCAUCAGUCUCACACUCACUCUCUGGUUUUGCAUCUCUGCACCGAUCGACUCACACACGGGUAAAUAUGAAUCUGUCUGUUAAUCUGUGUUUGUUUUGGCACACCGAUCGACUCUCACACUCACUCUCUGUGUUUGUUUUGGCCUCUAUUUGGAAUGUAAAUAUGAAUCUGUUUUGAUCUUAGUUGUGUCUUAGUUGAAUCUCUUUGUUUUAUUAAUUGUGUUGUGUCUGUUAUUAAAUCUGAAAUCAGAAAAAUAGGUGGAAUAAUUUUGGUCUCUAAUUGUGGAAUUCAUAUUGUGUCUGUUAUUGAAUCUGUUUUGGCAUCUAAUUGUGUCCGAAGAAAGGGCACACCGUUCUGCUGAGGCUGUUGCGUUAAAAGAUUACGAUCACCGUUCUGCUGAGGCUGUUUGUACAUAGAUUGUAUAGAUUUUAUUUGUUUAUUGUAUUUCUUCUCUUUCAUUUGUUCGAAGAAUGAGUUGUGUAGAUUGUUCCGCAAAAAACCCUUUAGCUGUCAAGAGCUCUCUGAUCGACCCAGAUGGUGGGUCGUUGGUUGAUCUCGUGGUGUCGGAGAGCCAAAUGGAUUUGAAGACUCUAGAGGCUGAAUCAAUGCCGAAGCUGAAGAUAACAAAGGUUGAUCUCGAAUGGGUUCACGUGCUCAGCGAAGGUUGGGCGAGUCCGCUCAUGAGAGAGGAUGAGUAUUUGCGGAGCUUGCAUUUCAAUUGUUUGAGAAUGAAAGAUGGGUCUAUUGUGAACAUGUCGUUGCCGAUUGUUUUAGCCAUUGAUGACCAGGCUAAAGUAAGAAUUGGGGCUUCGAUUCAUGUUGCAUUGGUUGGUGUUCUUCGGAGGUUUGGGAACUGACAGCAAAUAAUAUUAUCAUGGUUUCGGCAAUUGGAAAUGAUGGACCACUUUAUGGUACUCUAAACAAUCCAGCAGAUCAAAGUGAUGUUAUUGGUGUCGGUGGCAUUGAUUACAGUGAUCACAUAGCCUCAUUCUCCUCGCGGGGCAUGAGUACUUGGGAGAUUCCUCAUGGCUAUGGGCGUGUGAAGCCAGAUGUUGUUGCGUAUGGUCGGGAAAUUAUGGGAUCUAAGAUCAGUACAGGUUGUAAAAGUUUAUCUGGUACUAGUGUGGCAAGUCCGGUUGUUGCUGGUGUGGUAUGCCUUCUUGUUAGUGUCAUUCCUGAAGGAAAUCGAAAAGACAUUUUAAAUCCAGCAAGCAUGAAGCAAGCACUGGUUGAGGGGGCUGCGAAGUUUUCUGGUCCCAAUAUGUAUGAGCAGGGUGCUGGCAGAGUUGAUCUAUUUCUGCUACUUUGAAGACAUCGAUUGGUUAAUUCACUCUCUAUCAAGGUAUUUCUCGAUCCGUUUGAUGUGAAUUUUAAUCUAACUCAGGUUUGUUAAGGGAACCAGACCAUAUAUGUUCCCUGUUCUGUGUUGGCUAGAACAUCUUGGGGGAGAGGUGAAGAUCCUUGACAAGGAUCUGAUAUUGGUUAAACUUCACUCAUUUCCUCACCUGCAGAAUUUUCUUCUUCAAGCUAUGUCUCUUAACUGUUAUCUCCAUUUUUUUUG